UUUGCUCUCGGUGUGUUUUCUUCUUUUCGCGGAGGAUCCAGAGGAGGAGGGAGCGGGUGAUAGCGAAGGGACGGCGCAGUCUCGGGAGCGGCUGUGGGCGCGCAAGGAUCGUACUACGGUGGUGUGUGCUCGCCUGGGCUGCUCACAGCUCGACGCCACUCGACCAACGGGACGCCUCGACCACCGUUCCUCUUCCCUAACACCGAGGCCAGGAGCCCCUACUAAAGCACCAAGAUGACGGAAGCCGAGAUGCUGAUGGAGGAGAAGCUCCGCAAAAAGAAAGAGGAGGAGGAGGAGAUGUGGGCCGAGUACCUGGAACAACGAAAGAAACAACGCGCCAAGGAAGAAGAGGAACUGCGGAAACUAAAAGAACGACAGGCGAAAAGAAAAGCCCAGCGAGCCGAACAAGAGGCCAAGUUGAUGGAGUUCAAGAAGAAACAAGAAGAGCAGAGAAUCAAAGAAAUGGAGGAGAAGAAAGCGCGGGAAGCCGAGGCGAAGCGCAAGAGGCUGGAAGAGGCUGAGAAGAAGCGACAGGCCAUGCUGGCUGCCAAGGAGAAGCGUGAGCAGGAGCCCGUCAAGCCCAACUUCGUCAUCACCAAGCGUGAGGGUGAAGACAUGGCCGGCUCGGCGCUGGGAAGCUCCGGAUUUGACAAGUUUGCCAACAUCAUGUACGCUCGUGGCGAGAUGGGUAAGACCAAGGAGCAGAUGGAAGAGGACAAGAAGGCCAUCUUGUCGUUCCGCAUCAAGCCCUUGGAGAUCGAAGGCCUGACCGUCGAGCAGCUGCGGGAGAAGGCCAAGCAGCUUUGGGAGAGGGUCGUCAGUCUCGAGUCCGAGAAGUACGAUCUUGAGGAGCGCCAGAAGAGGCAGGACUACGAUCUGAAGGAACUGGCCGAGCGUCAGCGGCAAAUCAACAGGAGCAGGGCGCUCAAGAAGGGUCUCGACCCCGAAGCUCUGCAGGGCAAGCACCCGCCCAAGAUCCAGGUGUCGAGCAAGUACGAGCGGAGACUGGACAGACGGUCCUUCGAGGACAAGCGGGAGCUGUACGAUGGUGGCUUGGAGGCCAUGAUUGACGCCGAGUCAGAGAAGCAGUGGGAAGAGAAGAUGAUGAGCUUCAAGGAGUCCGGUCGUGGCGGUCUGCCCAAGUGGGACCCUGAGAACCCGAAGAACAAGCAGGUGAGCCGCAGCCGCCGCGUGGAGGAAGAGGACGACGACGAGGAGUUGGAGCCCGUGUUCGAGCCACCCAAGCCCAUCGAACCGCCCAAGCCCGCGCCCCCGGCACCCAAGCCCGCCCCUCCGCCGCAGCAGGAAGAAGAAGAGGAAGAGGAGGAGGAAGAAGAGGAGGAAGAAGAAGACGAGGAAGAAGAGGAGGAGGAAGAGGAAGAGGAGGAGGAGGAAGAGGAGGAAGAAUAGACCUUCCUCUAAACCAAAGAGCUCCUGCCUUACCCAAGACAUCGCCACGGCCAUCGACGAAACCUCUUAUUUAAAUACAAGCGGCAAAGUUGAAACUAUUAUAAAAAUAAUAAAAAAAAUGUGGAGUGCUACGCCCAACCGUGGAAGCAUGUAGACGAUAUCACGACGACUUUCCGAACACUCCACUACCAAAUAAUAAAGUUGCCACAUAUCUG